UAUGACUUCAAUAUCAAGGUUAUAGAAUAUCCUGUGACCAAUGCCACAAACAGAAAUAUUCAUGAAGUUACAUAUAAGAAUAUUUGCAAGGUAGCCAAUUCAAACAGUCAUUGCAGUCUAGCUUGUAACCGCAGCAAUGGCUAGCACACCUUCAAUUAUUGCAGAGGUCUCCCCUAAACAUUCAUUGCCAGUCAAACACUCAAGCAUGGAAGAGGAUAAAUCUACUCCUUUCCCUGAACAAGCUGUCGGUGGUGACACAUCUCCAUCUCAUUUCCAAAAGGUUGUUGCAGAGUUAAUAGGAACAUAUGUUCUUAUGUUCAUCGGUUGUGGGGCUGCUCUGGUUAACAAGAUUCAGAGCCUUACUAUUGUAGGAAUAGCGUUGGCCUGGGGUCUGGUACUGAUGGCAAUGAUAUACGCAGUUGGGCAUGUGUCUGGUGCCCAUUUUAAUCCUGCUGUUACCGUUGCCUUUGCUGCUUCGCGGAAGCUUUCAUGGAAACAAGUGCCUUUCUAUGUAUUGUCUCAAGUUUUGGGAGCAACACUUGCCAGUCUGACUCUGAAAGUGUUGUUUUCUGACCAAGAAAACAUUCAUGCAAUAGCGACUCAGUACACAGAUGCAACCUCUGAUCUUGAAGCCAUCACCUGGGAAUUCAUAAUCACUUUCAUUUUGAUGUUCACCAUCUGUGGUGUUGCUACUGAUCAUCGAGCGAGUAAAGAUUUUGCUGGAGUCAUAAUAGGUGCGACGUUGGUGUGUAAUAUCAUGAUUGCUGGGCCGAUCACUGGGGCUUCCAUGAAUCCUGCAAGGAGCUUGGGUCCUGCAGUGGCUUCUGGUCUUUACAAGAAUCUUUGGGUGUACAUAAUCACUCCUAUUAUUGGAGCAACGGCUGCAGCUUUGAUCUAUAGUGUGCUCAGAGUACCUAAACCUGAAAAAGAGGAGCCUCUGGAGACUAAAAGCAUUUACAAUCAACUUUAUCUACAUGUUGAUCCAUAGAUACACCAGCUCAUCUUGACACUCUGGACAAUAUCUGCU